AUGUCAAACAAUGAGGAAGGUGAAUCACAACAUUUACUUUCUAAUAAUGAUCGGAAUGAGAAUAAUCAAGACGAAAUACAAACAAAUCUUAAUUCACCCAAUAACGAUCUAAAUUUUUCACAAACUAAUUCUCAUAGUACUGAUAAUCAUGAAACUCCUGAUUCAGAAGAAACUCUUUUUAUUAAUUUAGGAAAUAAUUCAUUCAUUGAAAAAUAUCCAUCAAGAGUAAAAGAUGAAUAUAAAAAGAUUAUUUGCUGUCAAUUAAUUACUUUAAUUUCAAAUGAGAGAAAAUUAACUAAUUUCGUAUAUUUAUUAGCUUGUUUAUGGAUGUUUAUUUGUGUAUUAAUUGGUGGUUCAUUAUUUUCUGCUGCUCUGUCAACUGUCGAUGAAGCUGAUUGUGGAGCUGCUUCAAUUAUUUAUAAUGAAUGUGGAAAAUCAUUGAAUUGUACUGUUUAUGAUGGAAAAUCAUUGAAUUUGAGAGGAUCAAUAUUUCAAUCUAAUAUGUUUCUAACAGUUUCGAAUUUAAAUAGAAGUAUGAAUGAUAAUAUGAAACAUGUCAUUGAAUUGGCAUGUCCUGAAUUAUGUUACAAAACAGGAAUGUGGGAUUUUGAAAAUUGUGAAAAAUUUAACAUGAAACUUUCGAAUAUUUGUUUAAAUUACGAUUCAGAAUAUUGUCUAGUGAGUGAAUUGAUGGUUGAAGGAUUGACUUCACUAAUAGAAUUGAAGAGAUUUGAUUUGGGUGUUGUUUAUUCAUAUUUUAUUCAACCAUUUCUUCCACUCAUUCUAAUCAAUAUUUUACAAAAUGUUGCAGAUAUUGCUUUAGAUUUAAUUAGAAAUACGAAAUCACUUGGAAGAAUGUUAACUAUUUCAGUAUUAACACUUUUAUCACAUUUACUUUAUUUAAUUCCAAUUAUUGUAAAGUAUGAAAAGACAUUUGGAAAGUGGAAUAUUUUCAAUUUCUUUCAACCAUUGAUUUCUUCAUUACUUUUACUUUCUUUAUUGGAAUUUAUAAUGCCAUUCUAUAGAGCUCUGUAUUCGAAUGUUCCUAAAAUUACUCUUGGUGAAAAAUUACUUUUAUGGAUUAAGGAAAAAAAGAAUGGAAAGAAGAAAUCGAAUCAAGAGAUGAUUACUUUCAAAGAGACAAUCUCUGUAAAACUGAGAAAGCACUUACACACCAUCAAGCAAACUUUAUUUAAUUCUAAACUUGACAUGAGUUAUACUCCUCAAAACAAUUCGAAUCAAGAACAGGUGAAUAAUGAAGAGACAGGUGACAACAAUUUAGUUAAUCAAGAACAUGUUUAUAGAUUGAAUGCCAUAUUUCUACUCAUUGGUUAUUUAAUAUUACUUGCUAUAUUUGAAGGAUUGUGUGGAAUUGUCAUGGCAUUCAAAAUAAUUUCCAUUUCAAGAGGUUAUUUUAUUUGCAUUACAAUUGCUUACUUGAUCACUUCAUUUGCAUUCAUUACAAUUUUAUGUAUGAUUAAGAAGGAAAAGAAAUGGUUGGGAUUCAUUAUUCAAAUCAUUAUCAUGUUUGUCUCGUUUUGUGUUAUUGUUGGAUCAUUCACCUAUGUUUGGAUUGUAUUCAAUUUUCAACCUUAUUCAUACUAA